UUCGAAAACGAUGAUUGCCGCUGGCACGCAGUGCAAGAGCGUGAUAUUCGUGCUGAUGGGGUGUUUGUUACUGCUGUGCGCAGCACGAAAGUCUACUGUCGACCGGUUUGCAAAUCCAGACACCCUCGCCGCUGCAAUGUCCUGUUCUUUGCGACUGGACAUCAGGCACAGUCCGCCGGUUUCCGCCCUUGCAAACGUUGUAAACCAGAGCUCGAUGGCUGUAUGCCAGAAGAUCCCGCCGUACAGAAGAUUCGAGAACUGUUACAAGAGUGGGAAAGGGCGGCAGUCAGUGAGUCUGGACCUUGUCAGUUGAGUCUGAGCCAAAUGGCCAGGCAAGCCAACGUGUCGAAAUGGUACUUUCAUAGAGUCUUUAAGAAAUAUGUUGGCGUGACACCCGUUCAGUAUCUGAGGAUGUGUCGGAACACGAUACAGGGGCCA